CAGAGCAGAGCAAAUCCAAACACACAAACUCGUGCUGAUCUUCUCACGAAGGCUCGAGGAGCGGUAGCAGCGGCGGCGAUGGAUCCUCUCCUUGUGGAGAAGGUCCUCCUGGGCCUGUUCGUGGCGGCGGUGCUGGCCGUGGUGGUGGCCAAGCUCACCGGGAAGAAGCUCCGGCUGCCGCCGGGCCCCUCGGGCGCCCCCAUCGUCGGGAACUGGCUGCAGGUCGGGGACGACCUGAACCACCGUAACCUGAUGGAGCUGGCGCGGCGCUUCGGCGACAUCCUGCUGCUCCGCAUGGGGGUGCGCAACCUGGUGGUGGUGUCCAGCCCGGACCUCGCCAAGGAGGUGCUCCACACGCAGGGCGUGGAGUUCGGGUCGCGGACGCGGAACGUGGUGUUCGACAUCUUCACCGGCAAGGGGCAGGACAUGGUGUUCACCGUGUACGGCGACCACUGGCGCAAGAUGCGGCGGAUCAUGACGGUGCCCUUCUUCACCAACAAGGUGGUGGCGCAGAACCGCGCCGGGUGGGAGGAGGAGGCCCGCCUCGUGGUGGAGGACGUCCGCCGCGACCCCGCCGCCGCCACCUCCGGCGUGGUGAUCCGCCGCCGGCUGCAGCUCAUGAUGUACAACGACAUGUUCCGCAUCAUGUUCGACCGCCGCUUCGACAGCGUCGACGACCCGCUCUUCAACAAGCUCAAAGCCUUCAACGCCGAGCGCAGCCGCCUCUCCCAGAGCUUCGAGUACAACUACGGCGACUUCAUCCCCGUCCUCCGCCCCUUCCUCCGCCGCUACCUCGCCCGCUGCUACGACCUCAAGUCCCAGCGCAUGAAGCUCUUCGAGGACCACUUCGUCCAGGAACGCAAGAAAGUGAUGGCCCAGACUGGUGAGAUCCGGUGCGCCAUGGACCACAUCCUCGAGGCCGAGAGGAAGGGCGAGAUCAACCACGACAACGUCCUCUACAUCGUCGAGAACAUCAACGUUGCUGCUAUCGAGACGACGCUGUGGUCGAUCGAGUGGGGCAUCGCGGAGCUGGUGAACCACCCGUCGAUCCAGUCCAAGGUGCGGGAGGAGAUCGCGGAGGUGCUGGGCGGCGCGCCGGUGACGGAGCCGGACCUGGAGAGGCUCCCGUACCUGCAGGCCGUGGUGAAGGAGACCCUCCGGCUCCGCAUGGCCAUCCCGCUGCUGGUGCCGCACAUGAACCUGAACGACGGCAAGCUCGCCGGCUACGACAUCCCGGCGGAGUCCAAGAUCCUGGUGAACGCGUGGUUCCUGGCCAACGACCCCAAGCGGUGGGUGCGGCCCGAUGAGUUCCGACCGGAGAGGUUCCUGGAGGAGGAGAAGGCCGUGGAGGCGCACGGCAACGACUUCCGGUUCGUGCCGUUCGGCGUCGGCCGCCGGAGCUGCCCGGGCAUCAUCCUCGCGCUGCCCAUCAUCGGCAUCACGCUCGGCCGCCUCGUGCAGAGCUUCCAGCUGCUGCCGCCGCCGGGGCUGGACAAGGUGGACACCACCGAGAAGCCCGGCCAGUUCAGCAACCAGAUCCUCAAGCACGCCACCGUCGUCUGCAAGCCCCUCGAGGCCUAGACGCACGGCUACUGGACCUAAACUCGAGUCGAUCCAUAGGUCGAGUCAUCUGCUGCGUAUUCCGCAGGUCAUGUUGCACUAAAAAAAAUGCUUGUAUUUUUGUUGGUGGGUAUGUGUGUGUUCUGAGAGGCACCUGUUGCUGUAGAUUUACUUUGUUUUUUUUUAACUUGUUGGUGCAAACUUAAUUAUUGGUAAUCUAUACUGCCCGAUCGAAUACUGCAAUAGACAUUAUUUUUGGAUAUUUAUACUUCGUGGAGAUCACA